GCGACAGUGCCAGUGGCGGCAGCAACACGUAGCAGUCGACGGCAUCGCAACGCUGAGGAGAGGCACACGGAACGUUCUCUCUUCUUAACGACGCGCCGAUCACGCAGUCGCAUCAUCAUCAUCAUCACGGACCGUAUCCUACCCUACCCUACGCAGCAUCUCGAGUGUGUCCACGGGUACGUGUUGUCGCGCAACUACGGAACCAGCCGGAAGUGCGCCUGGAAGCUGAUCGAGCUUGGCCCGCUGUUUGGCAUCCCCGUGACAGAAUGAAGCUGUACUGGAGUUUGGCUCUCGUGGCCAUCGCCUUGUUGAUGAUUUUGACGACCGCGCGAGCGGAAGCUGAUCUGUGGGAGGAGGAUGACAAGGAGGUUCUUGUACGGACAGUACGCGGGACUAAAGAGCGAACAUCCGCCAGCUCCUCGUCGUGCAGAUACGUAAAGGGUCAAUGGUCGGAAUGCGACUCGAGUACUAAUUUGCGGUCGCGCACUCUGAACCUCAAGAAGGGCGACAAGUCCUGCGAGCAGACCAAGACUAUUCAAAAGAAGUGCAAGAAAGCAUGUCGAUACGAGAAAGGCACGUGGAGUGGAUGCGUGAAUCAACUGAUGACGAGAAACGAUAAUCUGAAGGCAAACAGUGACACAACUUGUGAAAAGACGCGACGGCUUACCAAGAGGUGUAAACCGGAGACCAAUACUAAAAAAUCCACCAAAGGUGAGCGAUCGAACAAGAAAUCGGGCAAGCAGUAAUCAUCCGCCAACUUUUAAUCAUCUUCUCUAAUUGGGCAACGAAAGCGCACUCUCAUCUCUUCGACCGUUUUUACCCUCUCUUUUUCUCGAUACCUUAUAUCAAUUGAUACUUUUUUCGAUAAUUAUCAAUUGAUUGCGAGGCAGAGCACAAAUUUGGAUGACGACGAUCGCCAAUUGAAGAGCGUUUAUUACACUACUGCCGAGGGAAUCACGUAUUUCGGAUGCAGCGAUGCGUGAAGCUGUAAAUGCUUUUAGGGUGCGCUCUGCCGUUGGUUAAUUAUACAAGUUAAUUGCUGUUAAUAAUUCGGGAUGGUGCGCACGUCUCGGUAAUCACAUCUAUUCUCGGCGCUAUCUCGCAGUUUAUCAAUCUGUCCAAGAUCGCGUUGUGUUGCUGUUUCUGUUUUUUUAUGAUACAGUUUGAAAAGAUCUAUGUUUAUUUGAAAAAAAAAAAAUUGUAUUUUACACUCGAGUAAGAACUCUUAUAUUUAACCCAUUGACACAAUUUGCAACAAGUUCCCUCGUAGAUAGAGUUAUUGAUCGCAUAAAGGUUUUUCUAAAAAUGGAUAUUGGACGCAAGAUCUUGGACGAUUAAGCUGCGCAAUCAGCCGAGGAAUCGAUUGGGAACCGAUACGUAUAACCUGUUCGAGAUGACGAAAUAUGAAAUAAGUAUAGCUACCCGUCGAUACGUAUAGUGAUGCAUUUUUAUGCAUUUAAACCAUCGUAAAUUCAAGAAUUUUUUGAAUGACGCGAUUAUUUUCCUAUAAUUUUUGAAUUCAGAGAAACCUAUAAGAUCUAUAAGAAUCUUUACUAGCUCCAGUAUAUUCUUACAAAAUCUGCAUCAUCUGGAUUGCUCGAUUAACGAGUGUAGAGCACACCAUAGAGCUCCUUGACUAGAAGCAGCCGCCAUUUUGGAGGUUCGCAGAAGACAAGAUCAUCUGCCAAAGUUGUUCUUUCGUCUUCCCGCAAUGAUUAUUAUUAUUACUAAUAUUAGUAUUGUUUAUCACACAAGAAAACAGCAGUAACUCCCCCCCCCCUCUUUGGCUUAGCUGCUGAUACACUUAAAAAAUCAUGUACAAUAUUUGUCAUACUAAACAGCUUUCAUUCGAUUGUCACAUAAAUAUACAAUGUUCGGUGUUCAAAGUAAUUGUGUCUUGUGUCAUAUAACACGCGCGAAAUAUUCCGGAGAUAUUACGCCGUCGCGAAGAUUCGCAAAUUUAAAUAAGGAUUCAUGUGGGUGCAAGAAACUCAAUAGCAAUCCAUCCUGUGCGGGAUCUUCCAUGAUUAAAACGGCGGAUCAAAAAUUUGAAAAUCAAAAUAGAUCUGAGAUCAAAAGAAUCGCAUCAAAAUAAUAAUUGUCGAGAUAAUUGAACGAGAGUAAAAUGGAAAUAUACGUAUAUAUCAAAAUAUAUCACAGAAUGUUCGCGCGAGCCUAAUAAAUUUUCCCGGAAUCGUCCGCGCCCUUCUUGACAGGACACUGUCGUCACUUCCGAUGUUAAUAUUCGCAGUUAACGUUAUAAUAAUAUAUCAAGUGAUAACUGGCAACAUGGAAACUCGCAAGCGAAUGAGCAUGAAAAUCAAACUAAAAUAACUCGUCGUCUCGUUGUCUCGUCAAGUACGCACGCACGCGCGUGCGAGAAAGAGAGAUCGCUGGAUAUCUUUUCGACACCACGAAAAUCAAAUCCCUUCUCCCUCCCCAAAAGAUUGUAUUUGUUUUUAAGUCUAGGUGUAUACAGAGGCUCGUCGGUGAGAGGAAGUUAAGCUGUUCGCGCGUUUGAUACUGCACGCGUGUGCGAUCUGCGUGCGACGUGCUUUGAGAAAAGUGCGUAGAGUAUAGUGUUACGCGAGGAGAAAAUAUUUUUCCUGUAAUAAUAUUUUACAAAUAUCAUGUUUUUUCCUCGUCUCUCCCUCUCGUAAAUCUCUGCGAUGAAAGCUUGAUUUUAACUCUCUUUUACGAGUAUCGUGGAGUUGAAGAUCAGCUUUUCUGUCAGAUUUCAGAAAGAAAAAAAAGAGAGAGAGAGAGAGAAAUCUUUAGGACUUAAAAAUUAAAAAGAAAAUUUGUAGACGCCGUACGUCGAAUAGCGCACGCGUCGUUAACAAGCGCCUAGUUUUAGCUCUCGUAUUACAGCAUAUCAUCAUUACGCGAAAAGCGACUCUAUUGAUAAACUAAGAUAGAAUUAUCUGUUUUAUGGGCUCUCUUUCAAGGUGUCUAUUCAAAUCUUGUAAAAAAUAUUUCCUGAGAUUUCCUCGAUUUUUCAGAUAGUUUUACUCUAAAAUCCAGAUAAAAUUAACUUUUGAGUGCAAUUUUUGAAGUAAAUUUAUUUAUUGCUAUAUAUUAAUGUUCUCUCUAUUUAUAUGAUUAUCAAAGUAUAAUUGCAAGCUACUUAAGUUUCAAAUGUUAGAUUAGGAUAGAGAGGGUAUUGAAAAAAAUAAUCUUUAUAAGCAUUUUGCUCUUGAAUUAUGAUGAAUUGUGUAUCUCGAAUUCACGAUUCGCACACUAACUGUAUACCACCGUAUUGAUAUACUGAUUAUUAAUUUGAUUGAUUAACAAAUUGCUAAUUAUAUAAAGUCGAUAUAAAGGUAAAAUCUAUCAAAGAAACAUUUUUUUUUAUUUCUCAAAUCUCAAUAAAAACACCCAGGAUUGUCAGAUUUUCAAAGUAAAAUAUUCUCUGAGAAUUCCAGGUUUUCCCAUGGAGUAGACACCUUGCUUUCUCUAAUUACUGUCCUUGUUAAUUCUUGAACCGGUAGAUUCAAUUCCACCGAAUGACAUUUCUAACUCAAAUUAUUCAAAAUCGGAGCUACAAUUUAUAAAAGAAUAAAGCUGCGAUCUGGUGAAUGAUGAGAAGGUCAUCUCAUAUUUUAAAACACACUUGAUGGCCAGAAGUGGAUUCGUAUAUACCGGUUAAAAACAUUAAAUGUUUCUGAAUGUGAACGUUCCAUCUGUUUUACAAUAAGCGCUAAUUAUAUACGCGCAAUUUUGUGGCGGUACGAGAGAUCAUUUAAACAAUUUUGUAGAAAAACAUUUUUUUAGAAUCUAAAAUCCUACGAGAAAUAUGUGAUCAAUGCUAUAUUUUUUACGAAAUAUAUAUACAAUUUUAUUCUUUUCAUUUCUCGUGGAAUUUUGUAUGAUUGUACGAAAUUAAUCUUGAAUCUUAAAGAGUUUAAAUGCAAUCUUGAAGAGUGUAAAUGCGUGAUGUAAUUGUCUCUUAAUAUAGAACAGGUGUAACGAGUCUCAUGCUUGACUUCUCUGUGUGGAGCUCGCAGGAAGCUCUUCAUGUUUUAAUCGCAUUGUAACAUAGCAUGAUAGGAGAUACGAAUCAGUAAAAAUCUAGAGACUAAUUUUUCAGAUCCUUCGAUAAAAUUAUACAGGACGUUUCAGAAAGGGUGUACGCUAGUGACAAACAUCUGUUCUUGAAGAAGUUUCGAAAUAGAUUUCUCUCAAUGUCGAUUUAAAUUUUAAAAAUUGCGCGAAUUAAAUUUCGUAUAUCGAUAUCUGCAUCCUGAAUAUCAAGACUGCAAGAAGGCUCGAUUUAUUACAAUUUAAACUAUAUAAUUCCUGUAUUAAAUUAUUUACAAUCUUACAGGAGAAAAAAUCCCUUUCUAGAUUUUUCCAAGAUAAUCUUUUACCAUCUGCGUGCACCUAUUUUUAGAACAAUUCUUAGAUAUUCUAGAUAUUAUAAUAAGAAAAUCGUUCAGAAUUUUAUUCGUUAGAAUUAAAGCUAUUAGAGCAAAUGAAUUGCCAUUCUAUUACGGACCACUGAGUUUCGUAAUCGUCGAUCUUGUUGAUGAUUUAAUCUCGUUAGUGUAAAUUUUCUAUAAAAAUUGCAAUAUAAUUUUUUAGCCAUUUCUGUUUGUUUCUAUAAUCGCAGAAAAUUCUCUACAUAUUUUAUUAAUAGAAGAAAAUUAAUUAAAUUCAACCGUACAUUUUCCAAAAGCACCGAUUUGUUGUACAGAGUGCAAAUAUUUUGUAAUGAUUUAGAGGGAAAGAGAGAGAGAUAAAUGUUGAAAGUAUCUGUUUAAUUAUGUGAUUUUAUUACUUUGAUUUUAUUCGGUCAUGCAGACGUAGUUUAGGACAGUUUCUGAAUAAGAUUUACUGUAGCUCUCUCUCGACGUGAGAAGUCGGUAAUUUUCUUUAAAAACUACUAUAAAGAUUGUAUAAUGCAUCUACUUACUUAUUGAAAUAAUUGUGUAACCAUUACACAUGUAACAAAAAUCCAAUGUUGUCAAUAAAAGUAAAAUAUUAUAUAUA